UCUGGAUCUUACGGGAUCGUGCGGAGGGCGUUGGAAUUGCGGGAAUCAGGUGUGGGUGCGAGCACCUCUAAGUCGUCGCCUCGUGUUUCGCUCGUUUGGGGUGAGACAUUUAGAGGACGGUGGCUUUCGUUGCCCUUUUCAGGAUGCGGGGAGGUGUGUCUGGUUGCCCACUUUGUUUACCGAGCGAUUGCCGCCCUUCGCCCGUUGCCUUUUGCGGCCUGCCCGUCGUCCCCGGCUCAACAUUCACCUUGUCGCAGUCCUGGCCUGGCUUCUGCGACGGCCACUUGUUGAGUUUUUUGACGCUGGCAUUGAUUGGCAUUUGUACGAUACACUUCAUACCCUCGCUGUACUACUUUCUUCUCAUUUUGUUUCCUUUUCUGGGAUCACGCCUGAGCGAGGCUGGGCUAGACUUUUCUUCAUACCUUCCUUCCUCUGACGAAGGGCUACCUCCUUUACAGCGAGUGGUAAUCUUAAUAACGAGGUUGAGGUGUUUGUAUAUAGAUUAGGUGGGUGGAGAGGAGUAAGGGAAUGGAAGAUGGUGAGAGUAGUAAGUGUGCCAGUGCCAGUGCCAUGUAAUGUGAUGUGUUCUGUGAUAUGCCUUUUCUAUUGCUAAGGCUCGGCCACGAUCUCUCUCUUACUCUCUAGCUGGUCACAGCGGUGGAGACGUGAAUCCCAAGCGGCAGCGUAUUUGCCCCAAGGUGUGGCUCCAUUGCGUGCUUG